AUGGCCGAUAAACGCCAAAAUAACCAACACAAACCAAGGAAAAACUGCAAAUGCACCACCUGUAAAACCAUGCGAGAAACCGGGUGCUUGAACCCCCACAAAUGCUAUGUCAAAGCAGAGGAACUCCUCGACACCCUCCCACCAAAAUGGAACCCGCGAGGAGUGAAACCAGAAGACUACGAACCGGGAGAAAUCAUUGAGCAGAAUCCAGACGACAGCCUGAACUUCGACCACAGGCUGACGACGAGAGGCAACCUGAGAGAAAUCUUCCGCAUCUUCACCGAAGGAACCACCACGAAUGACCUCCCUGAGUAC